AUGCAGAGUUCUUUCUUCCUCUGGCUGGCGGUUACAGCCUACGGCGCCCUUCCCCAGCACAAGGGAACGCCGUAUGGCUUCGCUGCCGGCGUUACUGGCGGCGGGUCCGCUACUCCAUCGUUCCCAAAAGACGUUGCCCAGCUCAAGUCAUGGAUGGCUGACAAUGUUCCACGCGUCAUUAUGAUCGAUAAGACUUUCAAUUUCCUCGGCUCCGAGGGCACAGUAACGGAGAUGGGCUGCCGCCUGAAGAAGUCUUGCACCGCCGCUAACGGUGGUCAAGACACCAUAAAAACCAGCGGUUGCGAUUCUAACGAAACCCCCGUUCAGGUCAAGUACGACAAGGCCAGUUACCUCGGCAUGGAUGUUGGUAGCAACAAGUCUCUCGUUGGCGUAGGUAACAAGGGCGUUCUAAUCGGCAAGGGUCUCCGCUUCAAGGCUGGUGCAAAGAAUGUCAUCAUUCAGAAUAUUCACAUUGAUAACCUGAACCCCCAGUAUGUUUGGGGAGGCGACGCCAUUAGCCUGUCGGGCAAUGACGGCGUUUGGAUUGACCAUUGCAAGAUCUCGCGCACGGGACGCCAGCACUUUGUUUCCCACUAUGAGGGCUCCCGCGUGACCAUCUCCAACACCGAGUUUGACGGACGCACCGCCAACUCCCAUAGCUGCAACAGUGAUCACUACUGGACGAUUAUUAUUGGAGGAAAAGCCGACAAGAUUACCCUGGAUCGAAACUACAUCCACGACACCUCGGGCCGCGCUCCCAAGAUCGGUUCAAGCGAGGGAACUCAGGUCGUUCAAGCUGUGAACAACUGGUUCAACUAUAACACAGGACAUAACUUUGACAUCUCCAGCUCCGGACGUGUUCUCAUGGAGGGCAACCGUUGGGAGAACUCGCCGAUUCCAAUCACCACUGCCAGCAGCGCUGGCAAGAUCUUCAACCAGGUUGACGCCGCCUGUAACUCCAACCUUGGGCGGGCCUGCGAGGGGAACGCUCUCACAGCCUCCGGCUCUUUUCCUUCUCGCAAGGAUACCAUCGUUCUCCAGGAACUUGGCAAGUACAAGUCCAACCUGGUUAAGCCAAUUGUUAUUGGCAAUGUUAAAGGCACUGUCAACAGCAACUACGGCAUCGGCAGGAUCUGA